AUGCUAAACAGAUAGUUAUUCAUCUUUCUCUCCACAUGACUUCACCCUUAUCCUCCACCUUCCACCUGUGUUCUCCCUUCUAUCCCACAUACACUGUUUUCUUCACCGGCACCCUUCAUCCAAUGCGUUCUCCUGGAAAAUCACUAACUACCACUUCUUUGAGGGACCUGGUUCAAGAUGGACGACAAAGUAACUCACCGUCGCUCAGCCAGCUAGCUGCUCAAUCUGUUCCCAUCCAACACACUCUAUCGAAUCAGCCACGUUUGUCUACUCUUGUUAAGGAAAACUCUACUAAGCUAAGUUUGUCUGAUUUAGUGAAGGACACAACUACACCCAGUUUAUCCAAUCUCGUCAAAUGUGCUACUACUGGUGUUAGCAGCCUCUCAGCUCCCCCUAAGGAACGUACUACCACAAGCAGUGGGCAAGUGAAAAAACCAAGCUUAUUUGAUCUCAUCAAUAGCAAAAAAACAGCUACCUCAUCCGACAGUGGAAAUAUGGCGGUGACUUCAAGCCUCUCUGAACUCAUUGCUGCACACACUGAAUCCACUCGUCCCAAACAAGCUCAAACUAAAGUGAAACCAUCACCACACACUGACUUCGUGUUUAGAGCUCUCAAACCAACAUCUGGAGGAGCAGCCCAACUAUCACUCUCUGAUCUAGCACGAGGGCAUGCUGACGUAGCAAAAUCUCGCCCCCCUAGUAAGAUGACCCUCUCCAGUCUUUACAAACAGUCGGUGGGUCAAAGCUCUCCUGAAGACGACAAGAAGACACUGAGUGGUCCCUCGGCUUGCGUUGUCACGUUCCAAUGCAAUGGUCGACCUCGAUCUUCACUAUUUCUUUUGAUGUGUCAGCCAACGUUGAAUGAAGAGGUGGAAAAACUCAAAGAAGUCAUCCAUAGUCGAGUAGUAUCAAAAUUAGCAAAGAAAUAUCGAAAACGGACUCAGUUCGAUUUCUCCACCCCCUCACCCGAUGACUUAGUCAAAGAGAAACAAAAAGCAGCGUUUACCAGAAAGAAAUGACUUUUGACUAACAUUUUUAUAUAGCAACUUUUUACUGUCUCAGAUGUGCACGCAAUACACGUAUUGAAUUAAUUUUCUCAAUCAA